GCAUGCACCGCGAGUAAACAGGGAUGGCGGAUGAGGAAGGUGAAGAGGAUCCCGGCAUCCAUAACAUGGGCAAUCAGCUGCAGCUUGUCCCUGCAGUGAGCGAGGAAGAGGACGAAAUGGAGUUGGACGACACUGAGAGUGAAACUCCCAAUAUCAUAAACUUUGACACCAGUUUGCCAACUUCCCAUGCGUAUUUGGGAGUGGACAUGGAAGAGUUCCAUGGCCGAACAGUGCACGACGAUGACAGCUGCCAGACGAUUCCAGUGUUACCACAUGUGCAGAUGAUGCUAAUUCCAGGUCAGACACUGCCUCUGAACCUCUCCCGGCCCCAAGAAGUCAGCAUGGUGCGUGGCAUCAUCCAGAGGGACAGAACAUUUGCUGUGCUGACAUACAGUGAAGGACUGCAGAGAGAAGCUCGCUUUGGAACUACUGCAGAGAUCUACGCAUAUCGAGAAGAGCAGGAAUAUGGAAUCGAAACUGUGAAAGUUAAAGCAGUCGGAAGGCAGAGAUUCAGAGUUUUGGAUACAAGAACUCAAUCAGAUGGGAUUCAACAGGCACGGGUGCAGAUCCUUCCAGAACGUGUCCUACCAUGUCCCAUGACAUCUGUUCAACUGGUGUCUCAGAGUCGACUCCAAAUCCUCCCAAAUAUGAAAACAACAAGUGGCCAGAGCCAGCAGAACAUGUGUCAGUGGCUACACAAAUACCGCAGGAGAAGGUUUGUUGGUGCUAGUCUGACGUCUUGGCCCUCCUGGCUCUACGCAUUAUAUGAUGCGGAUUCACUUAUGGAGCGAGUGAAGCGACAGCUGCAUGAAUGGGAUGAGAAUCUGCGAGAUGAUUCACUCCCAGCCAAUCCUGUUGAUUUCUCAUACAGAGUAGCUGCCUGUCUGCCCAUUGAUGAUGCUCUGCGUAUGCAGCUGCUGCAGAUCGGGAACGCCAUUCAACGGCUACGCUGUGAGCUGGACAUCAUGAGCAAAUGUACGUCCCUCUGUUGUAAGCACUGUCACGACACCGAGAUCACAACCAAGAAUGAGAUCUUCAGCCUCUCACUCUGUGGUCCAAUGGCUGCGUAUGUGAAUCCUCAUGGUUAUGUUCAUGAAACACUGACUGUCUACAGAGCCUUCAACCUGACAUUGGUGGGCCGAGCCUCCACAGAGAACACCUGGUUUCCAGGAUUUGCUUGGACAAUCGCACAGUGUAGUAUCUGCGGGAGCCACAUGGGCUGGAAGUUCUCCGCAGUCCGGAAGGAUCUGUCUCCCCAGAAGUUUUGGGGCCUGACCCGAUCAGCACUGCUGCCUCGAAUCCCAGAGGCAGAAGAUGAGGAGGACAGGCAAGAUAAAUCACCAGUCCUUUGCCUGUGAAUCCACUACCAGGGAGCACAGACUGUACUCACUGCUCUGCUUUCGUUUCCUGUCUUGCCAGUUCUUAGCAACUCCUAUGCACACAGCUGGAUAUUGUGCAGGGAGCUUUCUGCCUGUGCCACGCCAUGAUGUGAAAUUUUCCUGAAAGUUUCAGCACUGGUCUUGGGGAGAAGUAAUAUCUAUUCAUGUUUAAAAAAAAAAAAAAAAAAAAAAAAAUCCAUAUCUGUAAAUUGCUGCAUAAAAUCAUUCUAUGCUGAUCUCAGAUGCAAAUAGAGAAUUAUUUAUCACAUUAUUAGAUUGUAUGUGGUUACCUGGUUACCCAUCUGUCCACCCAAAUGCAAUACUUUACUACAACAUAAACCCUGUUCUUUCCUCACAUUAGUCCCUCUUUGCUACACUUUUCUGGAAAAUUUAUCUUUUUCAUUGUUUUAUGGCAUCUGUCAAAUAUUCCUGUCACUGGAAGCAAUUACUUAAAAUUAGCGGUCUUGUUAUUAAUGUAACAAAUCAACAAGAUUUCUUACUGUGGCUCAAAUCCUGCAUCCCCUCUUAAGGGUGCGCAUGCUGGAGCAGGUCAUAAAAUAGCCUGAUAAGCAUGUGCCCUAGGGAUUACUAUAUGAUACAAAACUGCAAAUCAUUCUGCACCCAGAU